CGACGAAAACGAAAUUAGUUUGAAUUUUAAUUGGAGAGCUAACGGAGGAGGAGACGAUGGCUAUGGAGAUGACUGUAGACUUCCCUUACUGGAACCCUCUCCGACGAAGGUUUCCUCCCGAUUCUCCUUUCUUCGCUUCCGGAAAUGUCGAGCGCGAACUACUCGCUAAACAGGUGGCAUUGGACUUAACAGAAGAUGAGAUCAACAAUCUGCAGAUUAUAGUGGAAACUGAAAGCAGAAGAAUCUCGUGUCCCAUUGUUGGCUGCCCUGAGCGGUUGAAUUCUCUGGAUAGUUUUGAAGAUCACUAUAAGGCACGCCACACUGCGUCUUGUUCAGUAUGCUCGAGGGUCUACCCUACUUCUCGCUUGCUAAGUAUCCAUAUAUCCGAAGCACAUGACUCUUUCUUUCAAGCUAAAGUUGCUCGGGGUUAUGACAUGUACGAAUGCCUUGUGGAAGGGUGUGGACUGAAGUUCAAGAACUACAAAGCCAGGCAUCGGCACUUAGUUGAUAAACACAAGUUCCCAACGACAUUUGAAUUCUUUAAGAGGACUCAACUCUCAAAGAAGCGAAGAGAAAAACUUCAGAGGCAACAUGUAUCAAAGCUAAAGCAUGAAGAAGACAAAGAAGAAGGUUCCUCAGACGCCAUGGAAGUGGAGGACAAAGCCAGCGUUGACGGUCUUGUCUCAGCACUGUCAACACUCACCACCUCAGACACAACUCCGUCGAAUGUCAGCUUUGGGAGACGCCAUGGUCGUGGGCUGACCUUUGUUCCACGGUCUGUUCAUAGGGGAAAACCGACCAAAUCUUCGUCUACACCCGAGCCAAUGACUUAA